AUGUCGAACCUGGCUGUUCUGCAAGAGUCCUUGGGUAGGAGUGAGAAGAUGAAGGACAACAUGCUCUCCAUAUUGACCACCUUUGAGAAAAGACUCAAAAAGUUAGAAGAUACCAUCAUGCCGAUAUACCAGGAAACUGGAAAUCUACAGAGACGACAUGAAAAUAUUGAAAAGACAGUAGCUGUGUUGGAUCACGUGAUUGGUUACUACAAUGUGGCUGAAGAUGUGGAGCCUGUUAUGAGAGAUGGACCCAGCACAAACCUAGCAUUGUACAUAGAGAGCCUAAACAGAUUGACAAGGGCAGUGAAGUUUUUGGUGCACAACAAUCCUGGUAGUCCCACUAUGGCUCAUGUGAUUGCAUUGUACGACGCUGGGAAGGAGUCUCUAGAGAAAGAGUUUCACAAUCUUUUAUCCCAAUGCAAUAAGCCAAUCCAGCCGAUCCAACUAAUUGAAUCCGUAUCCAAUGAAGAAGAUGAGAAAGCCUCAUCAUCAUCAUUAUCGCCGAGAUCAUCAUCGGCGUCACUAUCAUCAACAUCGCUGACGUCACCGUACAACAUCGUCUAUUAUAAUGAUGAGGCGCUUAACAAAUUGAAAGUCAUUUCCAUCUGGUUGUUGGAGUCGAAGUACGAGGUGAACUUGGUGCAAUAUUACGUCAAAUCAUCAUCGUCGUCAUCGUCAUCCAUCACCAGUCUGAAAAGUCACCUCAGAGUGGUGCCCAUCAGGGAGAACAGCGCGACACUCAUCGUCGGAGGGGGGAUGUCUCAAUCGCCGUCCGUCAAAGGGAAGUUGAGGGAGACUCCGAAGAAGACUUUGAAGCGAGGCGUUGUAACAAAGGCUUCAAGCUUCCUGAAAAAGCAGCAGGAUCAUGCAGCCUACAGACCGGUGAACGUCGGAUUGAAAGAUGAGAACUUCGAGGCAGAGAGCUCCUUGAUGACUCAACUGAUUCCUGAAAAGAGUCGAUCUAGAAUCUACGACCACCUCCUCCUCAUCACUGUCGACUUUUUGAACAGGGAGGCUGAGGGUUGUAAAGCUCUUGAAGAGUUCGUCGAUAGCAUACGAAAUGACCCGGACAAAUCAUCUAUGCCAAAAGAUGGCACAGUUCACGAGUUAACCAGCAAUGCCAUGUUCUUCAUGGAGCAAUUGCUGGAAUACUCUGAUGUUGUCGGAUGCAUGCUUAUGUUUCAAGCGAAAGUUUUAUCAGCUCUGGGAUUGAACCUUAGUAACAAGACAGAAUGCUACAACGAUGUGGCCCUCAGAGCUAUCUUCAUGCUCAACAACUUCAAUUAUGUGCUGAAUCUGAUGAAGAGAUCCGGUAUGAUGGAUGUCAUCCACCUAUGGAAUAGCGAGGUGCAACUAUUCUACGAAGAGCAGAUCAACAAUCAGAAGAGGCUCUAUUCACAAUGUUGGAGCGGGGUCCUGCACUUCAUAUCGGAGAACCAGAGGCCGAUCAGUACUGAUCUGUCACCUGAUUCCAGGCUGAAGGAUAAAGACAGGAAUGCCAUAAAAGAGAAAUUCGCGGGUUUCAACAAAGAGCUGGAGGACAUCUGCCGACAGCAGAAGUCAUUUUCCGUUCCUGAUCCGGAGUUGAAGCAGGCGCUGAUUGACGACAACAGGUCCUUCGUCCUGCCAUUCUAUAGCGCUUUUUUGAAGAAGUACCGGAACGUCAGUUUUACGAAAAAUCCCGAAAAGUAUAUGAAGUAUUCAGAGGAAGAUGUCGCCAGGUGCAUUGUUGGCCUCUUUGACGCAUCCGCUUGA